AUGGCGCGGAGCCACGCCUUGGCUUUGCUGGGCCUAGGGUUCCUCAGCACGCGCCUCGCCUUCCUCGCCUUCGGCGGCGGCUUGGCCCCUUCGCGACCGGCGAAGGCGACAGCGCCGAAGGUGGCGCUGCAGGCUCGCGGCGGCGGAGAGUACGAUGUCAGCGACGCUGACAUUCAGAACUUCUACUCAGCGCUGCUUACGGGCAACGGAGGGGAGCCGAAGAAGGGCACGGUGCUGGCGGAGCUGGUGGUGAAGUUCUUCCACGGGGAGUUCAUGUCCUCCGGCUUCAGGAGGUACUCCGGGCAGUGGAAGGGGCCACCGCCAGGCACCAUCGGCAAGUUAGACAUCGAGGUGGCGAUGAUCGGCUUGAAGGAGCAGAUGAAGAAACCAGUGCUGGUGACCAAGGGAGGUGUGGGCUACGGCGUGGAUGAGAGGCAGAAAGUGGUGGACGACGGCAAGGGCUGGGUGUGGCUUGCAGCGGAGAUGAGCCCCGGGGGCUUGGCGCUGGAGAUCUUGCAGUCGGUGCCCUAUGGGAAGCGUGCGCUGCUGGUGGCCAAGCAGAGCAACACCGAGGAGCUCUUCAACUCGGUGAACUGGGAUGUGGCCAUGCAGAACGUGGAGAAGACUUUCGGCGGACCUCAGAUCAAACAGCGCUGA